AUGGCGUACGACGCGACUUUACAGUUCCUCAAAGACGACGAGCUCGAGAAGUUAAUCCGAGCCGGACCUCUGUACGAUUCCGCCAUUCACGAGAAAAUUCCAAUCCAAGAGUGGAGGAAAAACGCCGAGUUGCACGUUUUAUACAACAGCAUAGAGUUACUCCACAACACGGAAGUGAUGAGCAAUUUAUCCGUUCACUCGGACGCGAUCGCCAGUCGAGUGUACCACUUCUACCUCCCGAUUUUAUUUCGGGUGAUGUUUUUGUUGGAAGAACACAAGAAGAAACAAAAGGAGGAUAUGGACUCUUUCCUUUUAUCGCAAGAGAAGAAAAAAGAAGAAAAAGGCGAGAGUAAGAAAAAAGAGUUUUAUCCGAAACCGUUGUUUAUUGGGAUCGAAGCGCCUCAAGGACUCGGGAAAUCGACGUUAGUGGACGUGUUGCAAACGUUAAUUGAUAACUCGGUGGUGUUAUCUUUAGAUGAUUUAUAUUUACCGCGCGAGGAGCAGCAAGACCUCGGGCAGAAGAAGCACCCGGGGAACCCUCUGUUGACGUUUCGAGGGAAUCCAGGGACGCACGAUUUACCGUUAGCUCGGGAGACGAUUAAGAAGUUGAAGAGCAUCAACGUAGGGUUAGGUGAUGGGCAAACGACCGUGGCUUUGCCCAGGUAUAACAAGAAGGCGUGCAAUGGGAGAGGCGAUCGAUUACCCCGAGAGGAUUGGCCGAGCGUGAGCGGGCCUACGGAUAUCGUGUUUUUGGAAGGGUGGUGUUUAGGAUUUGAACGGCCGAGAGAGUUUGAAUCGCUGAUUUCCAGCGUAGACGCGAGAGUGUAUUUUGCGCCUAUUAACGAGUAUUUGAUGGAAUACGAAUCGGUGUUCAACAACGUGAUUGAUUCGUGGAUGAUUAUUAAAGCCGGCGAUUGGAGGUGGGCGUACGAGUGGCGCCAAGAGCAAGAGAGAAAAAACAACGGCGGGUUGACAGAUGCGCAAGUGAGAGAUUUUGUCGACAGAUUUGCACCCACGUACGACGCAUGUUUGCAGAAUCUGCACGAUAAAGUAGAGAGUAAGAGAUUAGAAGAUAGUAGGAGCGCGAUGCUCAUAGAGGUGAACAAAGACCGUUCGGUGAAAAUGAACAACGAACAGGUUGAAACAAUCACGGAGAUCCUGAACAAGGCGAGGGAGAGAGGUGCGCAAGAAGGAGACACAGAGGAUCUCAUGAUCGACUGA